AUGGAUAGCCUUUACGAAGUAUAUGUUUAUGCGAGCGAUGGUAAAACGAACAGCCUUCGAUCAUCAGUGAUCACGAUUUUGGCUGCACCAGAAGAACUAUCACUUCCCGAACCAACGAUAAGCGUAAAUCCUGUGCAUUUGAAUCAGACUUAUUUGAAAGGAGAAAAAAUCGAUAUCAAAUGUUCCGUUGAAAGUUCCGAAUCGCUCAACGUUGAUCUUGAAGUGGGCAAUCUUAUA